ACAUAUUUAGAGAAGAUAAACAAAAAAGCUGCAGUUUGUUUACAUGCGUACUUCUACCGGCUUUCUUUGCGGUAAAAUUGAUCUCGAUAAGUGCUAAGCUAGUGUUUUAAAGUGCAUCUUCUCCUGUAAAAAGAAUCUCGCAUUGAUUUAUCAUCAUCAUGAGAAAUUGCUUCGUUUAUAAGUGUGAUCGAGAGCACAGGAAUGCUCCAAAGCGAACAAUGUUCAAUGUACCUAAGGAUCCUCAAAAGUUUGAAGAAUGGCGCCAAGCACUGCCGAAACAUCGGCCUCUCCAGCAACACGAUCGGGUGUGUGAAAAGCAUUUCAAAUCCACCGAUAUACAGCGUGACUGGACGUACCAAAUUGAAGGCAAAACCAGGAAGCUGUCGCGAACGAAACCGUUUCUGCAACCGGAUGCAAUACCCUGCAUCUUCAGCGGCUGUGAACCGGACACUGCAAUUGUACCGACCGCCAAAAGACGAAGGAAGAAAUCACCAGAACCGUCGGAACAAAGUGUUGUCGUGGUGGUUCAAAGUACAAGCAAAGCACAGCUCGAGGAACCUGUCCAGCAGGACCAGUCUAUGCUCAUUCUGAUAGAAGACGAAUCGAUGGACGUAAGCAAACAGGAUGCAGCAUCCGGUGAAAACAGAAUAGUGGAGUUACUCGAGCUCAAAAUGGAAGUGAUAAAAAAAGUCUCCAUUUUUGAGGAAUUGUACGAUAACAUCUAUGAGGUAGAGUUGCCAUCUACACUGUGGGGUGUACACCGAGAGCCGGAUAGAAAAUUUGUCGCCUUCAGUCGAUUUGAAUGGCGUGAGAAGGAUCUCAACGCAGCCAGAUCGGUGUCCCUGUUGGUCGAUUGUUCGUUGGGAUGUCGUGCCUGGUACGAUGGGAACUUAGUGCUCAGUAGUGAUCUUACUCCUAAGCUGACAACAGGUUCGGAUGCUAAGGGAAAUCCGGUACGUUUAAACAUGGCCAUAGUGGAAUUACUUGAAAAUUUAGAACAAUACGCAGCGAAGGAAGAAUUAGAUGAGGUUGAAAAAAUUAAGGAAAGUUUAGAAGUGUGUGUAAGGAAAGUCUAGAAAUAUGUGUAAAGGGCGAAUAGAAAAAUGUAUUAUCA